AAGGAGGAGCUGGCACACCUGAAGAAGAACCAUGAGGAGGAAAUCAGCGCCCUGAGGGGCCAAGUGGGUGGCCAGGUCAGUGUGGAGGUGGAUUCUGCUCCAGGCAUUGACCUAGCCAAGAUCCUCAGCGACAUGAGAAGCCAAUAUGAGCUCAUGGCUGAGAAGAACCGGAAGGAUGCGGAAGCUUGGUUCAUCAGUCAGACAGAGGAGCUAAACCAGGAGGUCGCUAGCCACACCGAGCAGCUCCAGAUGAGCAAGACUGAAGUCACUGACCUGCGACGGACCCUUCAGGGCCUUGAGAUUGAGCUGCAGUCCCAUCUUAGUAUGAAAGCCGCCCUGGAAGGCACGUUGGCAGAGACAGAGGCCCGCUAUGGAGCUCAGCUGGCACACAUCCAGGGGGUGAUCGGCGGCAUUGAAGCCCAGCUGGGCAACGUGCGUGCUGAUAUGGAGCGGCAGAACCAGGAGUACCAGCAGCUCAUGGGCAUCAAGACGCGGCUGGAGCAGGAGAUUGCCACUUACCGCAACCUGCUCGAGGGCCAGGAUGCCCACUACAACAACCUGCCCACUACCAAGGCUAUCUGA